AGAUCAUUCACUGUUAGUCCGCAGACAUGGUGCCAUUGUUUUGGCUUUCUUUCGUUUCGCUCACCUUCUUGCCCCUCAAAGGUGUGACAGAACCUCAGAGCUGUCUCACACAGCCGAGUCAACCUAUUUGGCGAGAGCCAGGACAAGAAGCUGAGAUCCAGUGCAGCGUCCAUUCCGACUGCUCCGCGGAAGGGCUGCAUUACCGUUGGUUUGUUUUCCAACGCAAGACCCACGGUCUCCUAGACCUGGGUCCCCCCAACCAUCACAAGUACAAUCUACAAGGGUCUACUUUACAACUGAUGGACCUGAACCCCAACGACAGUGGGAUUUACUAUUGUGCUGCCACGUCGCCAGGAAAGCAGACACCGGGGGCGCAACACGUAGGGAUGGGAACAACUCUUAUUGUAAAGGAAAAGAUGAAGUUCACGGUGGGUCAUAUUCUUUUGUGGUUAACGUUUGUAGUCUUGGCCGUCUACAGCUUGGCAACGGUGACUCUUAUCGUUCAAAAAAAGUAUGGCUUCAAUAUCUGCAACUGCAGGUGGAUAUACAAAAGUAACAAGAAAAGCACAGACAAACGAAUAUUCCGCAAUGUUUUGCAAGAGAUGCACCACAAACGGGAAGUUAAGAGAAACAAACAGACAGCAGGGAGAAACCCGAUGUCGGUGGAGGUGACGACUACAGCGUUAGAUAACGGGCCAGAUGACAUCUAUCAAAAUGUGCAUUAAGGAACUCUAACAAAAAAUGAACAAUACAUUUCUGGGACAGGAAGAUGUCAAAUUGUCAGAAGGUACAGACUCUUUUUAUGACUGUCCCUCUAUCUUGACUGAGCUCAUCCCAUUAGGGAAUUUCAUCCAGCCUAUCAUGCUAUUCUAAAAAUAAAACCUCAACGAAAUUGUGAUAUAUUUAGCCAGGUAGUGUUCAUAUCAAUAUAAUCAACAUUUGCUCAAGUUUAGCAUAAAAUGCCCUAAGAGUCCUUAUUGUUAAAUGUCAUAUUUUUGCUUUUACCACAAAAUAAUUGUUAAUUUUCAACUUAAUGUUCUGGGUUUGUCUGCACAGAGAAAGGAGCCAAAGAUGUGAAGAGUAACUUAUUUUUUAAUAAAAGACUAAACCCAACUUGUGCUUGUUGUUUGGUCAGACGGUUGAUCAUUAGACAUAUUGAACAAGGCACAUUAGAUUAUACAGUACUGCAUUCAGCGCAGUCAGAAUCCAUUUGAACUAGCAAUGAAUCCUCAUGUUUCAGUGCCACUGACAACAAUAGACGUCCAAUCCAUUUCGACUGGGAGGGUUAACAGCAUCUGUUGUCAAUGGCAGCCAAUGAGUCAUUAAACAGACACAGUAAGACUAAUGUCCACUGACCUUUAGCACAGAACCGCCUGACAUUUGACAGUUUAGGACAUCUUGUUUCUCCUCAUAAUAACUGUGAAAGUAUUAUGAACAAACAGAGAAGUGCAAAAAAUGUGUGUGACAUCUUGUAAUUGCUCCACAAGUCACACAAACACAAAACUACCAUCCGGAAUAACCUGUUAAUUUAAACGACUUGCAAAAGUUAUUAAGGCAUUUCCAAGCCAAAUAAGAGGAGGGUGAAGUUUCUUUUGUUUCACACUUUAGUGUUGGAAAAUAACUGUUUUGGGAAAUUGGAAAAUGUUCAAAUAUUAAAACAAAAAAAUAAA